AGGAGCCAAUAAAAUCACUCCAAAAUCUCAACAUUUUGGGCUUCUCUUCCUUUAUUAUCCACACAACAAUUAAAUUAUUUCUCAUUAUCCACAUUAUUUUUUUUACCAAUAAAAUACUUUUCAACUUUAAAUAUAAAAGAAAACAGAAACAAAUAGUGAAACUAAACUUCCCUAUGGUGGAAUGUCUCUCUGCGUGCCACGUGGCGAUCGUCGGCAUGAGUAGGUUGUCUCCGGUGGCCGGAUAUUUCUCGCCCUUCAAAAUCGAUGGCAAAAGCAGCAAGGCUUUUGGGUUUGGGUUGAAGCGUAAAGUGGUGGUAAGGAAAAGGGUGAAGCUUGUAGUGAAGGCGGAGCUAUCCAAGUCUUUCUCUCUCAAUCUGGGUUUAGAUUCUCAGAAGAUCGCGCAGUCACACGAUGUGUCACAGUUACGCUGGAUUGGUCCAGUUCCUGGGGAUAUUGCAGAAGUUGAGGCUUAUUGUAGAAUUUUUAGAGCGGCCGAAAGGCUACAUGCUGCUUUGAUGGACACUUUAUGCAAUCCAUUGACUGGAGAAUGUAGUGUUUCAUAUGAUUUCACACCAGAGGAAAAACCAUUAGUAGAGGAUAAGAUUGUGUCUGUGCUAGGGUGCUUGCUAUCUCUUUUGAAUAAAGGAAGAGAAGAUGUUCUUUCUGGAAGAGUCUCAAUUAUGAACACUUUUCGUGCAGCAGAUGCAAGUGUGAUGGAGGAGGAUAAGCUUCCACCACUUGCUCUUUUCAGGAGUGAGAUGAAGAGGUGUUGUGAGAGCUUACAUGUUGCUCUUGAGAAUUAUUUGACACCUGACGAUUCUCGAAGCCUGCAUGUCUGGAGGAGGUUGCAAAGGUUGAAAAAUGCUUGUUAUGAUUUAGGUUUUCCUCGCAAGGAUGACCAUCCAUGCCAUACAUUGUUUGCGAAUUGGCAGUCUGUUUGUUUGUCCACCUCCAAAGAAGAGAUAGAGUCUAAAGAUUGUCAGAUAGCCUUUUGGAUGGGUGGUCAAGUGACAGAGGAAGGUCUGACAUGGUUGGUUGACAGAGGAUUUAAAACCAUUGUUGAUCUAAGAGCUGAGACUAUUAAGGAUAACUUUUAUCAAGCUGCCAUGAAUGAUGCUAUUUCAUCUGGGAAAGUUGAAUUUAUAAGAUUUCCAGUGGAGGUUGGAACUGCACCUUCAAUGCAACAGGUUGAAAAGUUUGCAUCUUUAGUUUCAGAUUGUAACAAAAGGCCCAUCUAUCUCCAUAGUAAGGAAGGAGUAUGGAGAACUUCUGCAAUGGUCUCUAGAUGGCGGCAGUACAUGACUCGCUUUGCAUCUCAGUUAGCAAGUGAUAGAUUAUCUCAAGAUGCAAAUGGAUCAGGAGAUCAUCAGGCAACUUCUAGUACUGAAGAAAAGCUCAAGUUACAAGAGACAAAUGAGUUAUUGCAAGAGACUUCGAAUGUGAUACAUAGUUCGAAUGGCGCACAUCAGAAAGAAGCCUCCUCAGAUGAUAAAGAAGAUCACAAAAUUUGUGGAACUGGCAUUGACCUUGUUUCCAGCCAAGUUGUGACUCCUGGGGAAGCAGUCGAUGCAGAAGGAGCAGUAAUUAACAUCUACGAGACUGCAGAUCCUCUAAACGCUCAGAUUCCUCCUUGCAAUGUUUUCUCCAGAAAAGAGAUGUCUUGGUUUCUGAGGAGUAAAAAGAUCUCUCCUGCAUCAUAUUUAAAUCAUCAGCUCAAAAGAUUGGAACCUGUUCCAAGAGAGACUUCUAUUACAGAAACACGGGGAAAUGAGGUUGUUCGUGCUAACACUGAAUCAUCGUUUGGAGGGACAAGAAAUUCUGAUGGAAUAUUCAGUAAUAAAAGUCCAUCUAAAGAGCAUAAGAUCACUGCUGCUGGCAGUGGGAAGUACAUGAAUGGUUCUAGUUAUGCUUCCAGUAGCCCAAAUAUGAAUGGAUCUCUUCAAGGACAUUCCAUGACUGAAACCAAAGUUGCUACUUUAGAUGGAAAUUUCAGUAAACGCACUUCUACCUUGUCUAGCAAGAGUGAGAAUAGCAAUUGUAAGGCCUCCUCAUAUUCAAGUGAUGACGAAUUGGGGUCAAUGGAGGGAAAUAUGUGUGCUUCUGCUACUGGUGUCGUAAGAGUGCAGUCAAGGAAGAAAGCAGAGAUGUUUUUAGUGCGGACGGAUGGGUUCUCUUGUACCAGGGAGAAGGUGACUGAAUCCUCAUUGGCAUUCACUCAUCCUAGCACCCAGCAACAGAUGCUUAUGUGGAAGUCUACACCAAAGACUGUGUUACUGUUAAAGAAGCUGGGGCCUGAACUAAUGGAAGAAGCCAAAGAGGUUUCUUCUUUCUUGCAUUAUCAAGAGAACAUGAAUGUCCUUGUUGAACCUGAUGUCCAUGACAUAUUUGCUAGAAUCCCUGGGUUUGGAUUUGUUCAAACCUUUUAUAGUCAAGAUACGAGUGAUCUGCAUGAGAGGGUUGAUUUCGUGGCGUGCUUGGGUGGAGAUGGGGUUAUAUUGCAUGCAUCAAAUUUAUUUAGAGGUGCUGUGCCACCUGUUGUAUCAUUUAAUCUUGGAUCUCUUGGAUUUCUCACUUCCCACACGUUUGAAGACUACAGGGAAGACUUGAAACAGGUCAUCCAUGGUAACAAUACAGCAGAUGGUGUUUAUAUAACUCUUAGAAUGCGCCUACGGUGUGAGAUUUUUCGAAAUGGUAAAGCAGUUCCAGGAAAAGUAUUUGAUGUCCUAAAUGAGGUUGUUGUUGACCGUGGUUCUAAUCCAUACCUUUCUAAGGUUGAAUGUUAUGAGCAUGACCGACUUAUAACAAAGGUACAAGGCGAUGGAGUCAUAGUAGCUACACCUACUGGAAGUACUGCUUACUCUACAGCUGCUGGAGGUUCCAUGGUUCAUCCGAAUGUUCCUUGCAUGCUUUUUACGCCUAUCUGCCCUCAUUCCCUCUCAUUUAGACCAGUCAUACUUCCAGAUUCUGCAAAGCUUGAGUUGAAGAUCCCUGAUGACGCUCGAAGUAACGCAUGGGUUUCUUUCGAUGGGAAGAGAAGGCAACAACUCUCUCGAGGGCACUCUGUCAGAAUAUCUAUGAGCCAGCACCCCCUUCCAACUGUCAAUAAAUCUGACCAAACAGGUGAUUGGUUCCACAGCUUGAUUCGCUGCCUUAACUGGAAUGAGAGAUUGGAUCAAAAAGCCCUCUAAGGCCCCCACAGCUUCAUUCUCAAGGUAGGUUGAACCUUCAUGUAAAUUGAUGUAUAGAUAUAAAAUUAUAACUUGGAAAGAGAAAAAAAGAAAAAGAAAAAAAGAGUUUAAUAUACAAAGAGUGAAUGCUAUUCAUUACCAACAUAUGCUUCCCCACAAAAGUAGUGUUGGUCAAUUUUUACCCUUAGAUUGUACAAAUAAUGUCAGAUAGGGUACUCACAACAGCUUUGAAAUAAUAAUAAAGAAAGAUCUCAUAGUAUUUUAUUUUGUGAAAGAA